AUGGCGCUUAAAGUACCCAAGGCGGGAGGGCCGGACUUGUUCAAGGCUGGAUACAAGCACAUGUCCGGUCUGGAGGAGGCGGUACUGAGGAACAUAUCUGCCGUUGGAGAGCUGAGCGAGAUAGUGCGGACGUCAUUCGGACCCAACGGCCGGAACAAGCUCAUCAUCAAUCACUUGGGCCGCCUAUUUGUCACUUCCGACGCAGCGACCAUCAUCCGGGAGAUUGAGGUCGCGCACCCGGCUGCAAAGCUUCUGGUAAUGGCUUCAACAGCACAGGAGUCAGAGAUGGGAGACGGGACAAAUCUGGUUCUCAUCCUGGCUGGAGAGCUGUUGAAGCGGUCGGAACAUCUGUUGACUAUGGGUCUGCAUCCGAGCGACGUGAUUUUGGGGUAUGAGAUGGCUAUGAAGAAAGGUCGGGAAGAGCUCGAGACCCUGAUAUCUUCCACCCUUGAAUCAAAACCCAUUCCCUCCGCCGCCCAGAUCGCAACCGCCAUCGCCCCCGCCCUUGCCUCCAAGCAACCCGGAUCCGAGGCGUUCCUCUCCGCUCUCUGCGCCGAGGCAGCGCUUGCCGUUAUGCCCAAGAAUGCGCGCGACUUCAACGUGGACUCAGUACGGGUUGUCAAGGUGUUGGGUGGUGGUUUGAGCGCGAGUAAGGUAGUCAGGGGAAUGGUGUUUGGUCGGGAGCCUGAAGGGAUUGUCAAGAAGGCGACCAAGGCAAAGGUGGCGGUGUAUACGUGUGGACUGGACAUCUCGCAGACGGAAACAAAGGGGACGGUGUUGCUUAAGAAGGCGGAUGAGUUGUUGAACUUUACAAGGGGAGAGGAGAAGCAACUCGAGGGCUACUUCAAGGAGAUUGCCGACUCUGGAGUCAAACUCAUCAUCGCCGGCUCGGGCAUCGGGGACCUCGCACUGCACUACCUCAACCGGAUGGACAUUGCCGUCAUCAAGGUUCUAUCCAAAUUCGAUCUCCGCCGGCUGUGCCGCGUGGUCGGUGCUACUCCUCUCGCUCGGCUCGGCGCCCCUACACCGGAGGAGGCGGGUAUGGUGGACGUUUUCGAGACGGUCGAGAUUGGCGGUGACCGCGUCACUGUCCUCCGGCAAGAAUCGGGCGAAAAGACCCGGACGGCCACUAUCGUCCUCCGUGGUGCGACUGCCAACUACCUGGACGACCUCGAGCGGUCCCUCGACGACGGGAUCAACACUAUCCGGAUCCUCCUCCGCGAUGGUCGUCUUGUGCCCGGUGCGGGCGCGUCCGAGGUGGAGCUCGCUUCCCGGAUAGCCGCGUACGGCGCCAAGACCCCUGGUCUCGCCCAACACUCGAUCAAGCGAUGGGCGGAAGCCAUGGAGGUCGUACCACGUACGCUCGCCGAGAAUGCCGGUCUGAACGCCGAGGAUGUUGUCAGCAACAUGUACAAGGCGCACUCGCUGGAAGGGAAGGUCGAUGUGGGCGUGGAUAUCGAUGAGGCGGGGCAGGACGGGGUGGUUUCGGCCAAGGCGAUCGGGGUGCUGGAUAGCUAUGCGGCCAAGGACUGGGCUAUCAAGCUGGCGACGGAGGCGGCUAUCUCGGUGUUGAGGGUGGAUAGCAUCAUUGUGGCUAAGCAGGCGGGGAUUGCGCCGCCCAAACAGUCGGGUCACUGGGACGAUGAUUAG